CAGAACAGCUUUCGAAAAGAACAAAACUGACGUUUUCCGAAUUAAAACUCACAACGUUGGGCCAAUUAAGAAACUCAGGAUUGAACACGACAACACAGGAAUGAGUGCCAGCUGGUUCCUGGAUCGUGUCAUCGUGACAGACAUGUCCAGGCCUCACCUCAGAUACUUCUUCGCCUGUAACAGCUGGCUUAGCCGGGAGGAGGGCGACGGGCUCACGGUCAGAUACCUGCUGGGCAGCCUCAACCCCAUGGACAUCCCCAAACAAAACAAGUACAUAGCCAGUGUUUUCACAAUGGAUGUCAAAGGCAGUGGAACGGACGCAGAUGUUUACUUGACCAUCUUCGGAGAGCACGGAGAUACCGGGGAGAGGAAGCUUGUGAGCGAGGGGAAAGAUAAUUUCGAGAGGGGGAACGAGGACAAGUUCACCAUCGAUGCCCCAAACCUCGGCCGACUUCAAAAAAUCACUAUCGGACACAACAACAAGGGCUCCUCCGCUGGGUGGGGCUGCGAUAAGGUGGUAAUAGAUGACAUGGGUAAUAAGGAGGUGUAUGAGUUUCCUGUUAAUGCCUGGUUCGACAUCUCCGAAGGUGAUGGCAAAAUACAAAGGGAUGUAGUGGUCGGAGCCACACAACCGAUGGCGAUCGUGUAUAACGUCCAGGUGAUGACGGGUGACAUUCGGGGUGCAGGCACUAACUCGAAGAUCCACCUGGUGAUGCACGGCUACAAGGGCAACAAAAAUAGUGGGAAGAUUUUCCUAGAAGGUGGGACGUUUGAGCGCGCUCAGAUCGACAUCUUUAACGUAGAGAUCCUCUCUCUGCUGAGCCCCCUGAGCAGAGUGACCAUCGGGCAAGACAACGCCGGCAUCGGCUGUGGCUGGUACUGUGAGAAGGUGACAGUGUACUGCCCGUUUACGGGGAUUGAGCAGGUGUUCCCGUGUGGCCGCUGGUUGGAUGAAGAUGAAGGAGAUGGUUUAGUGGAGAGGGAGCUGUAUGAGAUGGUCUCACUGCGUCAGCGCAAACAGAAGAAGUUACCAUGGUCUCUGUGGAUCUUUACGUCCGAUAUGAAAGGGGCGGGUACGGACGCCCAGGUGUUCCUGCAGGUGUACGGAGAGAAAGGCAAGAGUGACGAGACGAAGCUGGAGAGCAAAUCGGACAGCUUCGAGCAGUCGCAGUGCGACAAGUUCAUGAUUGAAAUGCCUGAUAUUGGGAAGAUAAGGAAGUUGAGGAUCUGGCAUGAGAAAAGACAUCCCUUCUCUGGCUGGCAUCUGGGCAGGGUCACAAUAAUGAAGACCUUGAACAGGGAGAAGUAUAACUUUGCUUGCAAUCGCUGGCUGGACAUCAACGAGGAUGACAAUGAAAUCAUCAGAGAACUGCCAGCUACUGGUGUCCAUGUGCCAGAGCCACUGCCACUGCUGAAGUAUCGAGUGACGGUCUGCACGGGGAAUGUCAGUGGCAGUGGGACAGAUGCCAGUGUGUAUUUAAACAUAAUUGGGGACCUGGGGGACACGGGAGAGAGGCUCCUGUUCAUGAGCAAGAACAACGUCAACAAGUUCGAAAAAGGCAAUGCAGAUGAGUUCCUGAUAGAAGCCGUAAGUCUGGGUAUGAUCAGGAGGGUUCGGAUUGGUCAUGACGGGAGGGGCGGAGGCUGUGGUUGGUUCCUGGAUAAGGUGAUGGUCAGAGAGGAAGGUCAGCCUGAGGCAUCCUCUGUGGAGUUCCCAUGUUACAGGUGGUUGGAUCGGAAUGAAGAUGACGGUCAGAUUGUGAGAGAAUUGGUGGCCACUGCAGAUGGCCAGCGCUUGUUUAAUGUUAGUUAUCACAUCGCGAUAAAGACGGGCAGCAUUAAUGGGGCGAGCUCAGAUUCGAAGGUGUUUGUGAAGCUGUAUGGGGAGAAAGGAGACACCGAUAAGAGACUGCUGGUCGUCUCCGAUAACGACCUGGGCAACUAUUUCGAAACUGCGCAGACUGACAUCUUCACCAUGGAGACGUUUGACAUCGGCAAGGUAAACCGCCUGCUGAUUGGCCACACCAAUGAGGGCCUGCAUGCUGGCUGGUUCCUGGACAGUGUGCAGAUCUGGGUUCCAGUGCAUGGGGUGCAGUACAUGUUCCCCAGCCACCGCUGGCUCUGCAAAGAUGAAGCUGACGGCAAAGUGGAGAUCGAGAUUUACCCCAGCGAGACACUCGAGAUAGAGAAACUGAUUAACUACGAGGUGACGGCCGUGACGGGUGAUGUGUUUGCGGCAGGCACCAACGCUAAUGUCUUCCUGCAGAUCUAUGGCGAAGAGGGCAAGACUGAAGUCAUUCAGCUGAAGAGCCGCUCCAACAACUUUGAGAGGGGAACCACUGAGAUCUUUCGGAUUGAAGCUCUGGAUGUGGGGCGGGUCUAUAAGAUCCGGAUUGGCCAUGAUGGAUCAGGCAUGGGCGCCGGCUGGUUCCUGGAGACCAUAUACGUGAAACGACUCGUCAUGGCAAUGGUGAAACCAGAGAAAAAAGAGGAGGAUAAGAAAGAGAAGAAAAAGAAAAAGAAGAAGAAGGAGGAAGAGGAUGAACCAGGAGAGCUGAAGGAGGUGGUGAGAACAUACCACUUCCCAUGUAACCGCUGGCUCGCCCGGGAUGAGGAGGAUGGAGAGAUUGUAGUGGAGCUGAAGGCUGAAGAUUAUGAAGACCUGGAGGAGAACUCAUAUGAAGUUCAUGUGUUCACGGGCACUAUGUGGGGUGCCGGUACGGAUGCAGGCGUCUACAUCAACAUCUACGGGGAGAUGGGGGACACAGGAGAGAGAAAACUCCGCAAGUCCAACCACCUCAACAAGUUUGAACGUGGACAGGAGGAUGUCUUCUCCGUCACAGCGAUGGAUCUGGGGCUGCUGAAGAAGCUGAGGAUUCGACAUGACAACAAACAAGCCAAUGCAGCAUGGUACCUGGACCGGGUAGAGAUCAUGGACACCAAAGAUGAAACAAUGUAUUUUUUCCCCUGCCAGCGAUGGCUAGCGGUCGAUGAAGAUGACGGCCAGCUGGCGCGAGAGCUAGUUCCAGUGGACGAAGCUUUCAUGAAGAGAGAGGAGGAGGAUGAGGAUGGUGGAGUAUCUUCGUCUCAAGCACAGCUUGGACUCGAGCAGAAAGCCAUGUCCACCACGUACACUCUGAGAAUCAAGACCGGGGAGAAGAAGUACGCUGGAACUGAUGCCAAUGUUUAUGCAGUUCUAUAUGGGACAAACGAUGAUACAGGCAUCAUUAAUCUGAAGGCCUCCAAGAACUAUAAGAAUAAGUUUGAGUUGGGGCUGAUCGAUGAGUUCACGAUAGAGGCUGUGGACCUCGGAACACUCAAAAGAAUCCGCAUCGGACACGACAACGGCGAUGUUCCGUAUGAGAUCAAGGUCUUCACCAGUGAUAUCUUUGCGGCGGGGACGGACGCUGAUGUGUUUAUUGUCCUCUACGGUCAGAACGGGGUGUGUACAUCUCAGAAAUCUCUCUGUGUCAACAAGAGAGAGAGACGCAUGUACUUUGAACGUGCAGCGGAGGAUAUGUUCAUUGUAGAGCUGGAAGAUAUAGGCGACAUAAUCGAGAAGAUCCGGAUUGGUCAUGAUAACCGUGGUGUGAACGGGGGUUGGCACCUCGACAGGGUGGAGAUCAGGAGACUGCUGAGAAAAGGAAAGGGUUCAGAGACGGCCAUAUUUCCAUGCGAUCGUUGGUUAGCGCGCUCAGAGGAUGAUGGGGAGACGAUUCGAGAGCUGGUUCCCUCUGACAUCAUCAUCGAGAAGCUGUCCAGAGACGGAACCCUCAAAGUCAUCGAGACUGAAGUGGACGACGCACUGGAGACCCAUACAUACUCAGUUGCUGUAACUACGGGCGAUGUGUACGGGGCAGGCACUGACGCAAAUGUCUUCAUCACCAUAUACGGAGACAUGGGGGACACAGGGGAGCGCAAGCUCAGCAAGUCUGAGAACAACAGGAACAAGUUCGAGAGAGGAGCGGUGGACACGUUCAGCAUCGAAGCGGUGGACCUGGGUCAGGUGUUUAAGAUCCGCAUCCGCCAUGACAACAGCAUGCUGAGCGCUGACUGGUACCUGGACCAGGUGGAAAUCAUUGACACCGAUACGGACGAAGUGUUUCUCUUCCAGUGCGAGCGCUGGCUCUCCCGCAAGAGAGAAGACAAGCGCAUCGACAGAGUCUUCUACGUCAAGGAUUUUGAGGGAGAAAGAGAGACUGCGUUCUGUCCUAUAAAGAAGGUGACAAACCUGGACAGCAACAUGAACAAGAAGAACAAGAAAAAAGAUGCAGAGGAGGAAGACGAAGAGGCUUCAGUUAUUCCAUAUCACCUGUCGCUGGUGACGGGCUCAGAUCGGGACGCAGGGACCUGCAGUCGUGCUUAUGUCAUCAUUAAGGGAUCCAAACAGAAUGAGACAGAGCGUCUGUGGCUGGACCUGGAAGGGAAGAGCGGCUUCCUGCCUGGAGUGCUGGAUUACUUCACCUGCUAUGGGAGAGAUGUUGGGGAGAUCAAAAACGUGGAGCUGGGUCAUGAUGGCGCUACCCCUGAAAGCUGCUGGUUGGUGGAAGAAAUCUCGGUUGCCGUGCCAACCAAAGGCAUGAUGUACAUGUUCCCAUGCAAGUGCUGGCUGGCCAAAGACAGGGGCGACGGACUCACCGCCCGAAUUUUCAACGUGUUGGAUGCAGAGAUUGUUAGCAUAUCACGCAAGGUGAUUUACGAGGUAACCGUGGUAACAGGGGAUGUCCAGCAUGCCGGGACAGACUCUCAGAUCUACGUCACAGUGUUUGGAACCUACGGCACAUCGGAGGAGAUCCUACUGCCUAAACUAGAGGACAGGUUCGAGCGAGGACAGAGCGAUACGUUUAAUCUGGAGUUAGAGGACAUCGCUCCACUCAGGAAAAUGAGAGUCCGCAUCGACGGCACUGGAAGUAGGCCUGACUGGUUCCUGGAUAAGAUUAUUCUGCAUAACCUGGAAACGGAUGAUGAGGCCAUGUUCACGUAUGAGGAGUGGCUGUCCCGGACUUACGGAUCCAAGCACACGCUGGUGUGUGAGAUGCCUGCAGUUAUUGAUGAAGAAGAAAUGGUGGAACUCACCAUUUACACCAUCUCAGUCAAAACCAGCGAUGCGUCAGGGGCGGGAACAGACGCUAACGUGUGGAUGAUUAUUUUCGGGGAGAACGGAGACACUGGAACUCUUGCUCUGAAAGAGAGCAGCAACACCAACAAGUUUGAGCGCAAGCAGACUGACACGUUCCGCUUCACAGAUAUUCUCAGCCUCGGAGAGCUCUCCAAAAUACGGGUGUGGCACGACAACACGGGUCCGGCUCCUGGAUGGCAUCUGGAGUAUGUGGAUGUGCAUGAUGACAUCAUAGGGAAGAAGUUCAGGUUCCAGUGUGACCGCUGGCUGGCCAAGAACGAGGACGAUGGCCAGAUCAUGAGGGAGGUUGCCUGUGCCAACAAUGACGUGCUGGACUUUGACGAGAAAACCAAGUACGAGGUCAUCGCGACGACUGCGGACACUGACGAUGCUGAGACCAAAGAGAACGCCUGGAUCAUUCUGGAGGGAAAGAAAGGAAGGUCCAAAGAGUUGGUGAUGGAGAACUCCACCAAGAAGAAACGAUUCUUACGUGGUGCCACAGACAGGUUUGAGUUUUCCUCUAAGAACCUGGGAGACAUCGCCAGCAUCUGCCUGGGCCACAGCCCCAAAGAUGGCAAGAAGAACAAGACAGAAGCCUCCUGGAGAGUGGAAGAGGUUGUCGUCACAGAGAGGGAGCUCGGCAACAAAUACAUCUUCCAGUGCAACUCCCUCAUCCCUCUGUCCUACAAACGAGACGACUUCCAGACCUUCGAAUGCACCAAGUUCAUUGAGAGUUUCGACAGUAAGGCUCGUAGCCUGGUGCCUGUCAAGUAUGAAGUCAUCGUCAUCACAGGUGAAGAGAAGGGCGCAGGGACAGACGCCAACGUCUUCAUCACUAUCUUCGGCUCCAAUGGCGACUCAGGCCACCGACAGCUUCGUCAGAAGUUCCGUAACCUGUUUGAGCGCGGCCGGACGGAUCGCUUCAUUCUAGAGCUGCUGGACUUGGGGGACCUCCUCCGGAUCUGUGUGGAGCACGACAACUCCGGAAUCAGCCCCGGUUGGCUGCUGAGCCGCAUCGAGGUGACCAACACGGCCAAUGGAGUGACCACCAUCUUUCGGUGUGGGAAGUGGCUGGAUAUGAACAGAGCAGACGGGAGGACAAGGAGGGUCAUUUACCCCAAAUACUGAAAAACAAACUCAGACCAAGCAACAACAAAAACAAUUUCCUUAUUAUUAGGGUUCUCUACACUCUCAAAACAUGGGUGUUAAAAACAGCACAUAGAGCCAGAUUUACUGAGCAGAAGCGCCGAUUUAUCAGUGUGCACACGAGGGCGCCACUGAGCGGCAGGUUUUAUGCCCGAUUUCAUGACUGCAUGUGGCCUAUUAAAUGUAUAGUGAUAAUUAAUAUAUGUAAAAUUAAAAAAACAAAAAAAAACAAAUGUUACAUCUGAUACAAAGCUGGCAUCUCACAGAUGAUACUGCCAGUAAAAACUCUUUGUCCACCAAGGAAAGGCCUAGAUUUUGUUUUAAACUAGUCCUUGGACAUGCCAGGUUUAAGCAUAUAUCCACCUUAUCUUAUGUGACCACUGCACUUCAAGAUUAAACUCAUAAUUACAGGUAAAUUAUACACUAAUGAAAACAUAAUUUUGUAUAAUUUAUUCCAUUUCUGCUUAUAUAUCCCCUAAAUCUUACACUCUGCUUCAUUAAGGCUGGAACAUUCGAUUGAGGAAUGUUUUAUUUGCUAUUGUAGAAUAUGCUGUAAAAAUGGUUUGUCAGUUCAAAAUGACAUACUGUGAAUACAUGUAAAUUUUUUAUAGUGCAGCUAGUUGAAAUUUUCAACUUUUUUUGGGUCACUACUGCCAAGCGGAGCUGAAAAUACGGUAACAGAAACAGAACAAGAACAAAAGCAGAAACCACUCCAGAACGAUUUCCUCAAAGGACAUGAAUGUGGCCUCAGAAUCUGACCAAACCAGAAGACAUUAUUGUUUGGCGAUCCUCCUCUAUUCAAAUUCUCUGGUUUUACAUUAGAGAAGCUCCAGGCUUGGCAAAGCCUCAGCUUGGUCAGUAGCAAAGUCCUAAUACGAAAGCCUGUCCACAUGGCGGGCAACUCAGUCAUUCUCCUGGGUAGUUGUUUCCAGUCAUAUAAGACCAGGUUCUUACCUCUUUAAUGUGGAGAGACCUAUAAGCCCCAAACUGAAAACCAAAGUAAAGUCAUGGGAUGCAGAAAUACGGUGGAUGCGUCUUGCUGUGACCUUAUAGUCAGAUCACUUGAGACGGAUGUCAAUACUGAGUGUGAACAGGGGCCGAGUGUGCGCUGUUAAUUAACACAUCAUUUUUGAGAGUGACCCUGCAGUCCUGACAGGCCACAGCACCGCACGCUUCAGUGUCAUCCCUGCCAGAUCUGCUUCAGUUCAACAUGUGCUGUGGCCUAAUUGCCUGGAGUUUGUGAAUCUAAGAGUAGAAACACUAAAGAACUUAUUAAGGUUAAGACUUCUUAACCGAGGCAGCCGCUUUGACUGGAGUACCCUCAGGGACUGACUGUGUGCCUCUUAACCUGUAUGAACAGUAUGAGCUCUGCAUGUGUGUGAAACGGGCUGACAAUGUCUGAAAGCUUGUGAGAUAAUGUGCCUUCAAGGACUGUGUAUGAAGGAGAGAACACUCUUUUAUAAAUAUUGUCUUUUUUAAACAUCAUCCAUGUUUCUACCUCAAUGGGAGGAGAGCAGCUGUCCUCCAACCUCCACACAGAAGACAGUACUCAUCCAAGCUACUGCAACCAACCUUUCAUUACAUGUUUGAUUAAACUGCUACAUGUUGCCUCAAGUCAGAAAGGUCAUGAAGUCAGUCGGUCAAGAUAUUUUUGGUGUAUGAACUUUGCUUCUUUAGUUUUGCACUGGAGCUAC